AUGGAAUCGGAUUUAGAAUUCAUUCUAAAAACCUACAUCCUCCAGAAGAACCCCCUACCUCUUGAUGAGAUCGAAAAGGUGUUAAAGGAGGAAACUGCCUCAAAGGAAAAUUUACAAGCAUCAAUACAAAUCCCACAACCUUAUUUAGUAAACACAUUGGGAACUUUUAACAUGAUACGUCAGGCGGUGAUUCUGAGGGCACGGAACGUGCCCAAUGAGGACAAGGCCAGAGGGGUGAUCAUCAAUACCUCCAGCGUCGCCGCAUUUGACGGACAGAUGAGUGAGGUGGCUUAUGCAGCGAGUAAAGCUGCAAUCGCAGGAAUGACACUACCAUUAGCUCGAGACAUUAAGAUGUUUGGGAGUUUGGAAUCCGAGUGUGUACAAUCUGUCGAGGCAUGUACAAGUGUAUUCGACACUCCUUUGCUAGCAGCCUUGCCACAGAAAGCAAUUGAUGCCCUGACCAAAACAGUUGUUUUUCCUCAGAGACUUGGAAAACCGGAUGAAUUUGCACUAAUGUUUCUAACAAUUGUUGAAAAUCCUUAUCUGAAUGGAGAAACAAACCGAUUGGAUGGAGCUCUUGGAAUGGUAUGACAGUCCUCAAUUCCUAUUGGAUCAGUAUUGCUUAUUGUGAUGUCAUAGACUGAGAGCACUGUAAACUGAGAGCAUUGUGAAGUUUUGAUUGGGCGAAUUAAUGCAAAAUGACAACAAAUCACAUGAAAGUUGUGAACAAAGAUUUUUUGUUUCAUUGCUGUAAUGUGAUCCAAGAAAUUAUACAAGAUGAAAAUGCUAUAAUGUGUUUUUG